AGCCUCUAGGGUUAUCGUUAUUUCAUUUGCAGCCCUCUGAGUUCAAAGUUACUAUAGAAUUGAUCCAAGAUGAUUUACGAUGUUAACUCGUUUCUCUUCAAAUCCUUCCUGAGCUCGAAGGGAACUUCCGACAAAAGGAGAGGCGAGGAUAGGCCAAGAGAACAGAAGCCUAAGGCCAGCGACAACAAACCCGUCAUGAAUGAAUAGAUCUAUCCAAUCCUGUGUUAUCCUCUUGUUCAUGUAAAUUUCAGUUCUAAGGAGGUUUCUAAUUUUAAAUGGUUCAAUUUUACUAUUCUUUCCUUUGCAGUUGCUCAUUAUUAUAUAUUGAUCAUAUCAUGUUUUCCAAAUGUCAAAUUGUAGAAAUCCAAUACACCAAACACAGUAACACUUCACAAAUGUACCCCAGUUCAUCGAUUCUAAGUGUUUAUUAGAUUGUACAUAGUUGGUUAGAAAGUUGGUUAUGCUUAACCGGCUUUUGCUAUUGGUCUAGUGUUUACGUAUAACAAUGGUAUAAACAACCAUACGAUUUAAUAUGGUGAUGAGGUUCUAUUGGUUGGUGUACCAGGGCGGCAGGGCCAAUUCAAUUAUCUUAACAUGAUACGAUGAUAUAAAUUGAUAUAUUACGUAGACAAGUUCCGGGACUUCAGGUUAUUGUACUUUCAAAGAAAUUAUAGUUUGGUGUUGAAAAAAUGGU